AUGUCCUCACGAAUCCCAGCCCGCUCAACGCGCUCACCGCUGAAGCCACCGUCGACGCCAACGAGGACGCGUCUAGGCACACCAACGACCCCGUCCUCCGUCGCCAAAAACGGGCCCAUCAGCCGUUCUGCGUCACCGACGAAACCGAAACCACGUCGACCGUCGCCCACGGCCAGUGAACCCGAGGUCGAGAAAAAGCCCGCUCUCAGCAUCAAGGAGGCCAUUGCACUUAAGCGUGCAGAGGCUAAAAAGGCACAGGCGACUCCGAAGAAGGGUGGCUUGGAUGACCUGGGCAGCCUCGAGGAUGCUCUACCCGUACGGCCAGUAGAGGAGGAACCGGACUUGCUCGGUCGUCUGCCUCUGCGAGAAGCCAUUGAGAAAUCGAGGAGCACAGAUGAGCCAAAGUUGCCACCUUCAGACCCACAGGCACCUCCCAGGCGCGGUGGCAAGGCUCCUGCUUGGUUCGAGGCCCAAGACCUUACCGUGUUGAAGGCCUGGAAUAAUGAGAUCAUCGAAAUCCAGCACGAGAUUUCGAUGUUUGGCUCAUUGAAGACCCUGGAUAUAGCAUCAUUGCCAGACACAAUCGCCGACUUGUCUUUCCUAACCGUGCUCGACCUCUCGUACAACGAGAUCAAGGAACUUCCGGAAAACCUCUGGGCUCUCCCCGAAUUGACCACCCUGAAUCUAGCACAUAACAAACUCACCUCUAUCCCUUUCAGCGCGCCCUUCAAGUCCACUGGAUCACGAACAGGCCCCAACUCCUACGCAAGCACCGACUUUUUCACUCCAGCUAUCGUCCGUGCUGCCACACCCUUACCGAAACUCAUUAACCUGGAUGUAUCUCACAACCGUAUCACCAGUUCGAGUAUCGACCUCGCCAUUCCCGAUUCUCUGGUCAAAUUCGACUUGUCUUCGAACCCCGUCGGAAAGUCGGAUGCGCUGCUGAAAAAGUUGUCGACCCUUCCUCGCCUCAAGGAACUCCGUUUCGAAAAGGCGGGCAUCGGCAACGACUCCAUUCCCUCCGACCUGUUCUCGAACGCGCCGUUCCCUGUGCUCAAGAUCCUCGAUCUAUCAGAGACGCAGGUGACCCUGGACGCCGUCAAGGAGACCUUCAAGUCCAUGUCCCAGGAACUCAAUCACGAUUUCGUUGUUGAUGAGCCUCCGGAGGGCGUGUUCCGCAUUCUGGUCGGCAAACGGGUCAUCAAAGAGGCCUGGGAGAUCGAACUGGAGCAGCGAAAGGAAGCGAGGAAAGGAUUCGAUUUGGGUGGCGACUGGGAUCCUGAGCCACCGAAGAGGAAGCCGGUUUCACCACCACCUGCUGCCACCCCGACUCCGACUCGUGCAUCCCGAUCCCAGCCUGCAGUUACUCCGAAGAAGGAAGUUGAGAAGGAGGCAUGGGUGAUCGAGGCUGAGCAGGGCCUAUUGACGGAAGGUGCGCGUCGGCGGGCUCGAGCUGCAGCGGCUGCAGAGGCACAAAUCAAGCCUCCAGAGCCCACUCCCGAACCGGAGGCACCGUCGGCCACCAACAUCCUCAACAAUCCCAAGUUCUACAACAAGGGCACGGAUACCCUAACACUCCCCUCGUCCGCACCUCCAGCCAAGGGACCAGGCCACGCCCGCGCCUUUUCUCUCGCUUCACCCUCCGCAUCCUUCAGCUCGAGCCUCUCCCGCAAGGCGACGUCCGAAGAACUGGCGAUGCCAGCACCCACCCUCCCACUCUCCAUCAUCCUCGCCCAGCCCUUUGCUGACACCCUCCGCGUUCUCGUGCUCACCAACCGGCGAUUGGACCGGUCCUUCCUGGUGCCUUCGAUCCCCCAAGAGGAUUCGUCAGGGUUCUUACCGAGGCUCGAAGAGCUCGAUUUGGAGGGGUGCAAUUUCGACGAUACAGUCCCCGUUCAACUGCAAGAAAUCGGCAGUGGAUCCGGGGGAGGUGCAAGUGCGAAUGGGACGACUCCCACAACCCCACCACGCACCUCCUCACCCCUCCUCCCCACCCUCGCCAAACUCUUCCCCAGCCUCCGUACUCUAAACCUCUCCUACAACCUGCUCACCUCCUCCUCCUUCACCCCUCAAACCCUCUCCCUCCUCUUACUCCAAACGCCCACUCGAGCAGGACUCCGCCAUUUACGGUUGCGUGGUAACAAGAUUGACGAUUUGAGUGGGUUCCAGGAGGUUGCGGGAGGGUUCAGAGGGAAUCGGGAUGUGCCUGGGUGGAAGUUGGAAGAGUUGGAUUUGAGGGAUAAUGAGAUUGGACGGUUGCCGGCUGAGAUGGGGCUGAUGCCGUUGGAUGUGUUUUUGGUGGAGGGGAAUGUGUUCCGUGUUCCGCAGAGAAGGAUUUGGGAGAGGGAGGGUACGAAGGGGUUGUUGAGUUGGUUGAGGGGUCGGAUCGAGUAG